AUUAUUUCCGGUAAGUAAAUGCACCCUCUAGCGGCCACAAGAAAAACUACAAAUUGUCUUGUGGUGUGGUGCAAAAGGGUCUACUCUACACUCUACUCGGCAUAUUUUUGCCGUAAUUCCAUAGAAAUCUUUAAAUUUAAACUAAUAUACAAAUAUGACUGCCCCUUACUAUGCCGAUAUUGGAAAGAAGGCCAAUGAUGUCUUCAGCAAAGGCUACCACUUUGGUGUAUUCAAAUUUGAUUUAAAGACCAAGAGUGAGCAAGGAGUUGAAUUCGCCAGUGGUAUCAUCUCCAACCACGAAAGCGGAAAGGUAACUAAGGUGUUUGGCAGUCUUUCAUCCAAAUAUUCUGUGAAGGACUACGGCCUGGUAUUCACAGAGAAAUGGAACACCGAAAACACACUUGUCACUGACAUCACCUUACAAGACUUGGGCACUCCCGGCCUUAAACUUACUCUAGAAGGAACCUUCGCACCACAUACAGGGAGCAAGGCGGGAAAGCUCAAGACCUCGUUUGCUAAUGAGAGGAUUGCAUUGAACUCCAACUGGGACCUGAACCUGGCUGGCCCACUAGUGGAUGUGGCUGCUGUGCUCAUGAACAAGUGCUGGAUCGCCGGUGCGCAUACGCAGUUCGACGUGCAGAAGGCCAAGUUCACCAAGAACAACUUCUCUCUUGGAUACCUCACCAAGGACUUCGUCCUGCACACCAAUGUCGACAACGGCAAGGACUUCGGCGGCUCCAUCUACCAGAAGGCGACGGAUAAGGUGGACUGCGGCAUCAGCAUGAAGUGGAGCACGGGCUCCACCGCCACGCUGUUCGGCGUCGGGCUCAAGUACAUGCUCGACCAGGACGCGUCGCUGCACGCCAAGGUCAACAACCAGGCCCUCAUCGGCCUCGGGUACCAACAGAAGCUGCGCCCAGGCGUGACCCUGACGCUGUCGGCCGCCAUCGACGGACAGAACUUCAACGCUGGCGGACACAAAAUGGGCCUGGCUCUGGAACUGGAACCCUAGGCAUUUACCAAGCCUUGGCUUUUAGACUUGUAGAUAAAUACCACUUUACUGUUAUACAGAGAGAGCGUAGCAUAAUCAAUGAAGCAGUAUCUCAGUGUCCUAGUGUAUUGAGCGUCAAACGCAUAUUGUUCACCGGUUGCAGUGCAGUCCUCUCCGCCAUCACCUGUAUCCUCUCGAAUGGCGGACGCGCAGCUUCCUCUGUUAGCGUUCCUUUGUAUCUUCUUGUGUAUUUCUAAGCACGUCGCGUCACAGCAUCCCUUUUAAUUGCUAAUGAAUUUAAUGCAAUCCAUCAGUCGACAUGUCUUGUAAAUAAGCACCUAUGGUGUGAUACAUUAUUGAUUGAUUGAAAAUAAAAAUGAAUAGUCUGUUGGAAUCAGUA